UCCGCAUGAGACGCCUGUUUAUACUGCCUUCAACCACCGGCUCCACUUCAUAGACGCUGCACACAUGCUUUCAACAUGGUUGCUAAUUUGUUUCCAGCGUUGAUACUUUGCCUGACCUUCCUUUCUGACCAUGCUAAAGGAAGCUGCUCAUUUGGCCGCUGGGGCUCAGACUGCCGUCGACGAUGCAGCUCCAGAUGCGUUGGCCGUUGGUGCCUGGCGUCGUCAGGGAAGUGUAAACUGGGAUGUGCCGAUCGUUUCUAUGGCGACCGCUGCGACCAGCACUGUGGGAAGUGCCGAGGAUUUGGCCGAUGCUACAGGGACGGUAGCUGUAUCUACGGCUGCCUAGCCGGGUGGACUGGGUCGACCUGUUUGAGCAAAGCACCUUGUCAAGACAACUACCUAUCCUGCCGCUUGCCUUGGGUACAAUGUGAUGAACCGGAUGUAAGAGACUCCUGUAAGAAGACCUGUGGAGCUUGUGACAGAUACCCGGAGAUUGACUGUGGACAACCAACCGCUAUCACUAACAUGGUAGUCAGUCGACGACUUACCUAUUACGGAGACCAGGUUACAUACAGAUGUGUGAGUGGUUACACUGGGGUCGGGAGUGGAACAAGCACCUGCCAGGAGAACGGAAACUGGACUAGACCAGGCUUGAUCUGCAAGAAGAUAGACUGUGGACAACCAACCGCUAUCACUAACAUGGUAGUCAGUCGACGACAUACCUAUUACGGAGACCAGGCUACAUACAGAUGUGUGAGUGGUUACACUGGGGUCGGGAGUGGAACAAGCACCUGCCAGGAGAACGGAAACUGGACUAGACCAGGCUUGAUCUGCAAGAAGAUAGACUGUGGACAACCAACCGCUAUCACUAACAUGGUAGUCAGUCGACGACUUACCUAUUACGGAGACCAGGCUACAUACGGAUGUGUGAGUGGUUACACUGGGGUCGGGAGUGGAACAAGCACCUGCCAGGAGAACGGAAACUGGACUAGACCAGGCUUGAUCUGCAAGAAGAUAGACUGUGGACAACCAACCGCUAUCACUAACAUGGUAGUAAGUAGACGACAUACCUAUUACGGAGACCAGGCUACAUACAGAUGUGUGAGUGGUUACACUGGGGUCGGGAGUGGAACAAGCACCUGCCAGGAGAACGGAAACUGGACUAGACCAGGCUUGAUCUGCAAGAAGAUUGACUGUGGACAACCAACCGCUAUCACUAACAUGGUAGUCAGUCGACGACAUACCUAUUACGGAGACCAGGCUACAUACGGAUGUGUGAGUGGUUACACUGGGGUCGGGAGUGGAACAAGCACCUGCCAGGAGAACGGAAACUGGACUAGACCAGGCUUGAUCUGCAAGAAGAUUGACUGUGGACAACCAACCGCUAUCACUAACAUGGUAGUCAGUAGACGACAUACCUAUUACGGAGACCAGGCUACAUACAGAUGUGUGAGUGGUUACACUGGGGUCGGGAGUGGAACAAGCACCUGCCAGGAGAACGGAAACUGGACCAGACCCGACCUGUCAUGUGAAAAAAUACCUUGUCAAGACGACUAUUCCUUCUGCCACAAGUAUUUUGUAAACUGUGAUGAGCCGGGUAAAAGCGAGUCUUGUAAGAAGACCUGCGGUGCUUGUACAGACACAUAUUCAGAUCCCUGCGAGGACCCCGAAAGAUGGGGGUGGCACUGUCGUGACCUGUGUAACGCUGCCUGCAGUGGACGACGAUGUGACAGACUGACGGGACAAUGUCUCGGUGACUGCAUCAACGGCCACUACGAUGCGGCCUGUGAACUACAUUGUGAGAACUGUGAUGAAGGAGGGUGCUUCAAGAAUGGAACGUGUCGUACGGGAUGCAAGCAGGGAUGGAGGGGACCACAAUGUUAUCAGACUGAUUAAACGACUGUACCUUUCAGGGAAUGACCAUCUCCGUGGUCUAGUAGAUAGAACGUCUGUCAUGAGUUGCAGGUCGGUGUUUAGAUCACCGGCCUUGUCAUACCAAAAGACGUUAAAAGAUGGUACUUGCUGUUACCCUGCCUGGCACUCGUCAUUCAGGGAAUAAAACAAGGACUGGUCGGCUCGGAGUCAGUAUACUGUGUCUGAGUGGGGUAUCCAUGUUAAACUGCGGCAUGGUUUCUCA